CCUCGUUAUUGUUUAUUCCUACUCUUUUUUAUGAAUAUUGUACAUUUAGAUCUCUAGUAACCACGGUUAUUCAACAUGGCAUCCGAUUCUCCACUUUCGGGUGUAAAUGUAGUCCUUGUUAUGGCCUACGGUAGUCUGGUGUUUGUACUAUUGUUCAUCUUCGUGAAGAGACAAAUCAUGCGCUUCGCUAUGAAAUCUCGCCGUGGACCGCACGUACCUUUAGGACACAACGCCCCUAAGGAGCUGAGGGAGGAGAUUGACUCUCGACUCGCCAAAGUUAACGAUAUUCGCUAUGAGCCUCGGCUGCUCUCAGAGAAAGAUGACCGACUUGAACACUCUGGUCAGAAUGGUUGUUACAACUACCUAUACAGAAUGCGGGCUCUUGAUGCCAUCAGAGAUUCUGAUAUUCCGUUCCAUGAUCUGUGCCGCAGUCCGAGGGCUCUGACGGGUCGACGGUACCGGAACUGGCUGAUGGAACUGCGCAACUCUCACUCCCUCUUCAAAAGCAGCAAGAGCAGCCUCAUAGACCGACUACUGGAGGGCUAUGACAACGCUCGACAUGGCAGAGGGGUGUUUGGGGAAACUGAAUAUGUGAAAUAUAAGGAAGAUCUUACUGAACUGGCUGCAGUUGUGAAAACCCACUCCAGUUCCUCCAGCCUGAACCAACAGCACCAGUCAGCUGCUAAAGAUCUGACCAGUUCUCCUGGUCCAUCUUCAGCCUCCACCAUCCAGGUCACCUACCUUCCUUCAUCUGGCCAGCGCAGCAAGAGACCCAAACACUUCCUGGAGCUCAAAAACUUCAAGGACAAUUACAACACGCUGGAGAGCACUCUGUAACGAGAGCCUCCAUUUCCUCAGCAAGGACGUCGCAGUUACUUACGACGUGAACGCGUUUACAUGAACGCCCGAGUGAACCCGGGAGACUUUCCGGAUGCUUUCCGGAUCCAGAGACUACGGACUGAUACUCCACUACGGAGUGAUACUCUUUA